UCUCAAAAGUGUUUUUUUUAACUCUCUAACUUCACCCAACAGCAGCGAUGACUGAGGGGACGCAGCUGCGGAGGCGAGGCGGGCCGUACAGGACGGAGCCCGUCACAGACAUGAGCCGAUGGAGGCUGACCAACGUGGAGGGCCGGCAGACCUGGAGAUACCUGGAAGAUCGGGAGUCUGCAGACAGAGAGCAGACCAUGCUGGAAGCCCACGCACUGGGCCUGGACACGAGCACGUUUGUGAGCGACUCGCCGGCUGCCCUCACCGCCGUGGACGCCGCCAUGAAGGGAAUGCUCUUCUACAGUCACCUCCAAGCCGAGGACGGACACUGGGCAGGAGACUAUGGAGGACCUCUCUUCCUGCUCCCAGGUCUCCUGAUCACGUGCCACGUGGCUAAAAUCCCUCUGGCCGAGGCCUGGAAGAAAGAGAUGGUGCGAUACCUGCGCUCUGUUCAGCUGCCUGAUGGAGGCUGGGGUCUGCACAUCGAAGAUAAAUCCACCGUCUUUGGCACGGCACUGAGUUACACCUCACUGAGGAUUCUGGGAGUGGAUCCUGAAGAUCCAGAUAUGGUCCGUGCCAGGAACAACCUGCACAGCAAAGGUGGGGCCGUCGGGAUCCCCUCCUGGGGUAAAUUCUGGUUGGCCAUCCUAAACGUGUACAGCUGGGAGGGAAUGAACACACUGCUGCCAGAGAUGUGGCUGUUUCCCUCCUGGAUGCCGGCCCACCCCUCCACCCUGUGGUGCCACUGCCGCCAGGUCUACCUGCCCAUGAGCUACUGCUACGCCGUCAGGCUGGCGGCAGCGGAAGACCCUCUGGUCCUCAGCCUCAGACAGGAGCUUUAUGUCCAGGACUAUGGAACCAUCAACUGGCCCGCUCAGAGGAACAACGUGGCGCCGUGUGACCUGUACACGCCUCACAGCACCCUGCUGUCCCUCGCAUACAUGGUGCUGAAUGUGUACGAAGCCCACCACAGCGCCGCGCUGAGAGGAAGGGCCGUCAAAGAGCUGUACGAACACAUCGAGGCCGACGACCGCUUCACCAAGUGUAUCAGCAUCGGCCCGAUCUCCAAGACCAUAAACAUGCUGGUCCGCUGGUAUGUGGAGGGUCCGACCUCUCCGGCCUUUCAGGAACACGUGUCCAGGAUCCCAGACUACCUGUGGUUGGGUUUGGAUGGCAUGAAAAUGCAGGGGACAAAUGGAUCUCAGCUCUGGGACACCUGCUUCGCUGUGCAGGCUUUUCUCGAGGCAGGAGCGCAGGACGACCCCCGACUGGCCCAGUGUCUCCAUGAAGCCCAUCAGUUUCUCAACAUCACUCAGAUACCUGAAAACCCCCCCGAAUACCAGAAAUACUACAGACAGAUGAACAAGGGAGGUUUCCCCUUCAGCACCCGCGACUGCGGCUGGAUUGUGGCCGACUGCACUGCAGAGGGCCUGAAGUCCGUGAUGCUGCUGCAGGAGCUCUGCCCCUCCAUCACGCAGCCGGUCUGCCCCGAGCGCCUGUACGACGCCGUCAACGUGCUGCUGAGCAUGAGAAACUCAGACGGAGGCUUCGCCACGUACGAAACAAAGAGAGGAGGGAAACUCCUGGAGCUGCUCAACCCCUCCGAGGUGUUCGGUGAUAUCAUGAUAGAUUACACCUAUGUGGAGUGCACGUCGGCGGUAAUGCAGGCCCUGAGGCACUUCCAGAAGGUUUAUCCUCAUCACCGUGCCGAGGAGAUCAGCUCCACCCUGAGAGACGGCCUGGAGUACUGCCGGAGGGUGCAGAGGCCCGACGGCUCCUGGGAAGGGUCGUGGGGAGUUUGCUUCACGUACGGCGUCUGGUUCGGCCUGGAGGCCUUCGCCUGCAUGGGCCACGUCUACAGGGAGGAGGAGGCGUGCGAGGAGGUGCGGGCCGCCUGCGACUUCCUGUUGGACCGGCAGAUGUCGGACGGCGGUUGGGGGGAGGACUUUGAGUCCUGCGAGCAGCGACGUUACGUCCAGAGCGCCGCCGCCCAGAUCCACAACACCUGCUGGGCUCUGCUCGCGCUCAUGGCCGUCAGGCAUCCCGACACACACGCCAUCGAGAGAGGAAUCCAGCUGCUCAUUGACAAGCAGCUGCCAAACGGAGACUGGCCACAGGAGAACAUUGCAGGCGUGUUCAACAAGAGCUGUGCGAUCAGCUACACCUCCUACAGAAACGUCUUCCCGGUGUGGACCCUGGGCCGCUUCUCCAGGCUUUAUCCCGGCAGUCCGCUGACGGGGAAGCUCAAACUGUGAAGACGGCCCGGACUGCUGAACCGGUGCACCGCAGACACAUCAUCACUUCAGAGAGAUGCAUUUUUCAGAGUUGGGCCCAUCAGAUAAAUUAAAGCUUCUCAUGCUUGGAAUGACUCUCAGUGUUUACAUUCCAGCAGCGCUGCUCUCUGCCGUCCCUGUGAUGAUCAGAUACUCAACUUCGUCUCAUUGUGAAGUGAAAAACCACACCGCGGUCCUAUGUUUCCACAUCACUGAAUGCAUUUUAUAUUGUAAUUCUACUCUGAAUGAGCUCUUUGGUUAUCAGGCUCCAGUCCCGGCCGCCACACCACCCUGCCUGUCAUAAUCACAUUAAGCUGAAAUGUUUGUAGCUCUUCGUAUGGAUCCAUGAAGCUGCAGGUCGGGUUGAGUUCACACUUCUGCAUUCAUGGGGAAUAUCGCUGAGUCGACAGUUGCCGGGAAGCUGCAGAAGCUGAGAGGUGGGGGCGACUGGAAGGACAAAGUGUUAGAAGCAGGCUGGAGGAACUGCAGCCUGAAGAUCACCCUCAAGUUCAAAAACUGGAGGAGACUCACCGAGUAUGAACUGUUGAAGAGAAAGAUGAAUCAGAUCAACA